AUGCACGCAAAUAAUAAAAAAUAUUUAUUGUCUUCAGAAUUUUCAGACUUUACCAUCAUGCCCCAAAGAUCCAUUACCACCACUCUCAUUUCAAAACUUUUCGGAAUACAGUAUCCUCUCAUUCAGGCUCCAAUGGCUGGAAUUCAAAAGAGUGCCAUGGCCAUUGCAGUUUCUGAAUCGGGAGCGUUAGGAUCGUUGCCUUGUGCCAUGCUUACUCCAGAGGAGACUCGGAAUGAAAUUACAACCAUUACAAAAUCAUGUUCAAAGCCAUACAACGUCAACUUUUUCUGUCAUCAAGAACCAACACCUGAUUGGGAAAAGGAAGAGAAGUGGAGAAGAAAGCUUGAAUCCAAGUAUUACAAUGAAUUUCAAAUUAAACACAACGAUGAAAAAUCGGUCGUUAUAGGACCCAAUCGAACACCAUUCAAUGAACAAAUCGCAGACAUUUUGGAUGAAUUUAAACCUCCCAUUGUAAGCUUUCAUUUUGGUUUGCCGCCCCCAGAGUUAUUAAGCCGAGUGAGAAGAUGGAAUUCAAAAAUUAUUUCCUCAGCUACAACGGUGGAAGAAGCACUUUGGCUUGAAUCACAAGGCGUCGACGCCAUUAUUGCACAAGGUAGUGAGGCUGGAGGUCAUCGUGGCAUGUUUAAAACCAGCGACGUUUCGACUCAAAUGGGACUCUUUGCAUUAUUGCCUCAAAUUGUGAAAUCUGUUAAGGUUCCUGUAAUUGCUACAGGUGGUAUUGUAGAUGCCGCAACAGUAGCAGCUGCCAUGAAAUUGGGUGCCUCUGGUGUUCAGGUUGGAACUGCCUUCAUGUUGUGUCACGAAGCAACAACUUCAAAGGUUCACCGAGAAGCACUCGACGAUUACAAAAACCAUCCAUACAGCACACAUACAGUCAUUCAGAAUGUACUCACUGGAAAACCAGCUCGUGGCAUUGUGAACCGAGUGGUCCGAGAAAUGGGUCCUCUGUCUGACGAGGUUCCAGCAUUUCCAAGAGCCUCUCACUUCCUCACUGCCCUUCGAGCAAAAGCAGAGUCGAUGGGAAGCAGUGAUUUCUCUCCCAUAUGGUCUGGACAAAAUGCAAGUGGAUGCAAACCGUCAAAACAACGAAUAAAGAUGGGUAGACGUCCAGCAAGAUGUUACAGAUGGCAAAAGGGUAAGCCAUACAUCAAGUCUCGCUUCUGUAGAGGUGUCCCUGAUCCAAAGAUUAGAAUUUACGACGCCGGUAGAAAGAAGGCUGACUACACUCUCUUCGGUAGCUGCGUUCACCUUGUUUCUGACGAAAAGGAACAAAUCACCAACGAAGCUCUCGAAGCUGCUCGUAUUGCUGCUAACAAGUACAUGUUGAAGUAUGCCAACAAGGACAACUUCCACUUGAGAAUUAGAGUUCACCCAUAUCACGUGCUCAGAAUUAACAAGAUGUUGUCAUGUGCCGGUGCGGAUCGUCUCCAAACUGGUAUGAGAGGUGCUUUCGGUAAGCCAUUGGGUACCACUGCCAGAGUCGAAAUUGGUCAAAUCCUCAUCUCCAUCAGAACCAAGGAUGCUUUCGUCAAGACUGCUUGUGAAGCUUUGAGAAGAGCCAAGUUCAAGUUCCCAGGUAGACAAAAGGUCCUCGUCUCUAGAAAGUAUGGUUUCACUGAUUACACACCAGAGCAAGUUGCCAAGCUCCAAGCCAACAAGGAAAUCAUCUCAAAGGGUGUCCACGCCAAGCACAUUAGCUCAAGAGGUUCAUUGCAAUUGUGGUAUCAAAACAAGCUUGUGGCUCUUACGCAAAAAGCAGAGACUGCUUAA